GUGGGUAGUGUAGUUUUUAUGUAAGCGUAUCCUGCAUCAAAGCCCAUUGCCGCGCACUGUCAGAGAACUACACGCCCCACCCGCGCCAACCCCCGAGGUCCCGGAUGUAUAUCGCGCCGGAAGAGAAGAAGGUCCUUUUCCCAGCCAUCUUGUGGCUUCAUCUAGCGAAUUGUUCGCACCAAGCCUCGUAGAAUCGGAGGAAAAUCCUGCUGAAGGGGCGCCAUCAUGCCCGGACAAAUGCAAGAAGGUUUUGGCUGUGCCAUAGCCAAUAGGUUCGACCAAUUAUUUGACGACGAGUCUGAUCCGUUCGAGCUGCUGAAGCAGGCCGAAGUGAAGAAGAAGGAGGCUCCUGCUCCUGGUGCCGCCAAGACUGCAGCGCAGGCUGCCAAGCAGCCGAAAAAGGAGUCCCAGAAAGACAGAAAGGUCCCACUCUCCGACAAGAAGGAGGAGACCCAGGCCCCCGUCCCGCUCAAGAAAGAUGGUCCCGGCAUGAGGAGAAUGGGCCGCAAGCCAGAGGGCGAGGGCUCCAGACCCCAGGGCAUCCAGGGCGAAGGGCGCCCCCCCACAGACAGACGGCCUGUGGACAGGCGGCCCCCUCGCCGCUUUGAGAGGCCUGCUGGUGAGCCUGGCGAGAAGCCAGAGGGUGGCGAAUUCUCAGUGGAGAAACCCAUCGGUGACAGGCCAAUGAGAGGACGUGGUGGUGGUGGCCCCAGAGGUGCCCGUGGUGGUGGCAGAGGACGCGGCAUGGGUCGCAGCGAUGGCUUUGAUUCCCGAGGAAAACGUGAAUUCGACAGACACAGUGGCAGUGACCGAUCUCUGAAGGGCGAGGAGAAGCGUGGUGGAAGUGGAUCUCACAACUGGGGCACCGUCAAGGAUGAACUCAAUGAGCUUGACCAAUCAACCAACACUGAAGAGACCCCUGAAGGAGAGGAGCAUCCACCUGCUGACUCUGAGAACAAGGAGAAUGAGGUAGAAGUCAAGGAGGAAGGUCCCAAGGAGAUGACUCUGGAUGAGUGGAAGGCCAUGCAGGACAAGGAACGAGCAAAGGUGGAGUUCAACAUCCGUAAGGCCAACGAGGGAGCUGAUUGGAACAAAGGAUUCGUGCUGCACAAGUCCAAAGCAGAGGCUAAGAAAGAGGAUGUGAUUGACCCCGAGAUCGAGGAGUCUAAGGUAGAGGAUGAGCACCACUUCCGGAAGCCAGCCAAUGACAUUACGACCCAGCUGGAGAUCAACUUUGGAGACCUGGGCCGUCCAGGCCGCGGACGCGGAGGACCACGUGGUGGCCGGGGAGGUCGUGGCCGUGGGGGAGCUGGUCCUGGUCCCGGUCCCGGCGCUGGUGCUGGUGUUGGUGGUGAAGCCCCUAGGCCGGCCCGCGGAGGAAGGACUGACAAGUCAUCUGCGUCUGUGCCCAACGUGGACGACCCAGAGGCCUUCCCAGCCCUGGCUUAAGCCCCGGCUGCUGUCCCUCAGGCCUACAGGAGCCUCCUGAGCACCUCCACUACGAGGCUUGCAUGUUCCUGGAUCCUUCAGCAAAGUGAAUUGAUGGAGAAGACUGUCAUUAACUAUGGCACUCAAUGUGAGGACUGAGUUUUACCCAAUAAAAACAAAACGAAGAUGAAAAACAAAAAAACAAAGUAAGGAAAAAAAUUAAAAAAAGAAAAGGACUUCUUGCUACUCCGGAGCAACUUAUUGGUAGAGGUUUUGUACUUGGAAACAAAGUAGCAGGGAUGUUUUCAUACAGUAUUUUUUUCAGAGGUUAUGCAUUGUCCAUUGAUAAAUUUUUGUAAUUGCUGCUUGAAAAUAUGCUUUUCGAAAUGUAAGCAUAAGGAGAGUAUCUUUUAGCAUGGUGUGCCAUUGCUUGCUUGCUUGCUUUAAAAUGGCCACUGCAGAGCUUCAACCCAAACUCUGAGGCUCCGCCACACCAGGUAUUACUGAUGAAGUUACAGCUUCAGUCAUUGAGAUCUAAGGAUUUUUUUUUUCUUUAGCACUGGGGUAUUGUUUUACAUUUUAUACAGGAAGUCUAUUCUUUUAUGAUCUUAGGCCAGUAAAUCUUGACUAUUUUCAUAAAUUCGUUCAGAGACUGGAUUUCACAUGGUGCAAAUAGGACACAAUGAAUUGACGAGAUGGCGCCAAAAAUCUGAUGUUUUUUACUGAAAUGUUUUGAAGGAGGAAUAUUAGGUCAUUUGAGGAACACAUUGGUUAUUACUCUACUAAAUUUGCAUUGAUCCUGAGACAUUUGUCAAGUGGAUUCAUUUGAAGCUGAAAGUUAUUCCAUGUGUACUGAUUUACUUGUAUUUUGGAAUGCUGUUCACAGUCUAGUGUCUCUUCCUCCUUGCCCAUUUCACCUCUGAUUACUCGCCAUGUGGAAGUCAUUCAAAGUCAGUUUUUUUUUCUUCAAAGAGUGAUACAGGGAGGAAGUGUCUUCACACAGUUGAGAUGCGGCCACGGCCUCCCUCAGACCUCCGACUGUUUACACACUCCACUCGAGCAUCCUUCCACAGAUGUAAACUCAGCCCAGCGUCAGUUUGUUUCUGCAGUCUGCUCUGUGCUGAUAUUUUCCUCCACUGCUGAAUUUGCCCUGUAGGUUUCACAGUGGCACCACUGCAUAAUUGCUCUGAAAGAAAUACAGUCGUUCAUUGUGUGGAACAACUGAAGUGCUCUGCAAAUGUGUGAAUUCUAGCCCUGCUAUUAGAGACCUCUGUCGGUAAAUAAAGAUGGUCGAUAAAUUUU